AUGGUCGAGGACGAGGCCAUCACAUCCAUCUCAGAAGCCGGUGCAGGAAGCGGUGGCCUCGCGGAGUUGAUGUUCGCGCUCCACCUCCAAUUGAUGAAAAGAUACCUCAUCGUGUUCGACGACGUCUGGAACAUCGACGAGUGGUACGAAGGCUUAAUGAGCUCGGGUUUGCCGGACGAAGGUGAAUGGGCCGGUCAUCUUCGUCUUGACCGUGUGUUGCCGAAGGACUGCGGCGGGUCGGUCAUCGUCACGAGCAGAUUGGAGGAGGUGGCUGUGAAGAUGGUCGGGAAAGAGAACAUGUGUCGGAUCGAGCCCGAUAAAGACGGGGAAUGUUGUUGGAAUAUAUUCAUGGAUUCAGUGACGGAGGGCGGGCUUGCGGGCGAUCAUCCUACUCUGAGAAGCAUGAAGACAGAGAUCGUGGAUAGAUGUGGUGGCCUGCCAUUAGCCGCAAAGACCGUAGGGGAGAUCUUGCGUGGAUCUCUCUCGCCGGCAGAGAAUUCGGAGCCUGAGAACGGGCUUCAUCCCUGAGAUCUCUGUGAAA